AUGCGGCUUUUGGACACAAAGACGAGGAAACUCCACGAGUUCAGCGGUCGCAAAGUGCCGUCUUAUGCCAUCCUGUCACAUACCUGGGAUGAGGACGAGGUCACUUUCGGCGACCUGCAGAGAAAGUUUCCUUGGUAUAAGAGGAAGCAUGGGUAUGCCAAGAUCAAAAAUUGCUGCCGGAGAGCUCUCCAGGAUGGCUUGCGCUAUGUGUGGAUCGACACAUGCUGUAUCGAUAAAUCAAGCAGCGCCGAGCUGUCAGAGGCCAUCAACUCCAUGUAUCAAUGGUAUCAAGGCGCUGCAAUAUGCUAUUCCUUUCUAGCCGACGUCCCUCCCGGCGACGUCCCAGACAACCCGGAAUCCUGGUUUCGACGCAGCCGCUGGUUUCGACGUGGCUGGACGUUGCAAGAGCUUAUCGCUCCUCGUAUGGUGCUGUUCUUCAAUAGCGCCUGGGCGGUCAUAGGAAGUAGGAGCAGCAGCAACACCACUGACGUCGCCAUCAAGGAGUCGGCCCAUUUCGUAGAUCUCGGUCCCACAAUCGAGGCCAUCACCGGAAUCGGCUGGGAUUAUCUGAUAGGCGACCCCGGCAGUCGAAGACCGAUGAGGAAAGCAGCCAUCGCAGAGCGCAUGUCCUGGGCGUCAAACCGCGAGACCACAAGAACCGAGGACAUGGCCUAUUCGCUUAUGGGGCUGUUUGAUGUCAACAUGCCUUUACUCUACGGCGAAGGACGAAAAGCCUUCGUCCGACUCCAGGACGAGAUCAUGAAGGCCUCGGGGGACCAUACAAUUCUCGCAUGGGGUCUCGAUAUGCCAUAUGGCCAUUUCAGCAUCGGUGGUUGCUUGGCAAGCUCCCCUCAGAUGUUCACGACUGCUGGACGGAUUGCGCCUUCUGAAAGCACCGUCCUGGUUCCCUUUGCGCAGACCAACGUCGGCUUACGCAUCGAGCUUCCCGUACGUGUAGAUGAGAAGUCUGAGGCGGCCAUAGCAAUCUUGGACUGUGAGCAUAGAGGGUCCCCCUUAGCUGUCCCUCUUCGAGCAGUCCGUAAGUACGAUGGCUUUCUCUCGGCUGAGCGAUACUGCCCAGUCGUUCGGGUGGCGGACGACAUAAUUCGUCGGGCUGCCCGUCGUACGAUAUACAUCCAGAGCAACCCUACACGGUCCGAUCUCUUUUUGUACAUCGAUGCUUCGGCUUUGAUUAAGGCCGGUUGGCAUCUAUCCGAGGCGUGGCCCCCGUACGCCGCACUUGAGACUCGAUCUUACGAUAGUCAGAUGGUUCGAAACGCUGUGGGCUUUGACACACUGCCUUAUUUGCUUAUAUCUUUCAGUCAGAAGGAUGGCCAGCGCUUUGUGGUUCGACUCAGGUUGCUUAAGGAGAGUACACCGAGGUACCGGAUAGCGCCAAAGUAUGCGGCGGACUUUAGUACCUUGCCUGAUCUGCAUACUACAAGAAAGCUAGGGACAACGCCUGCGGUAGAGUCAUCGCUAAUGCAAUUGUCUUUACGAGACGGCUUUGGCGAUUCUCAAGAUUGGAAAUACUCACUCGAAGUUCAUCGCGCCACCAUUGGGAUUACCUCUUUGGAUGCGCUGAGUACAUCGCCGUCUUCGUCCCUAGCAAGUUUUAUUGUAUUGGAAGCAUAG